CUCCUGUACGCUCUCCGUUCCUUUUUCAGAAGAAGGAAGUGCCAGACCAUAGAGUUGUAGGCAUCCUCACAGACUUUAGUUUGUUAAACAUCUUUUCAGCUGAGCAGGGAAUUCUGUGAUGUCUUGAAAGCAGGGACAGGCUGUCUCAGGAGAGCAGGCUCUGGCUGGAGAGAGAAUGUUCAGGAUGCCCAGCUGCCUCCUAAAGCUGACCAGGGUGGUGCUGAGCCACAAGCCCUGGGCCCUGUUUACCCUCAUCUUUGUGUUGGUAUCCUUCACCUAUAUCAAGCUGUAUUUGGGCAUCUGGGAGGACCCAGAGAGCAGAGUCCCCACCUAUGGCUUGUCUGCUGAGAUCAGCUGUGAUCACUAUGUGCCUUCUGCCCUCAACAUCACCCGUGGACCCUCUCCUUCUGCAGGAAACGUGUUUUUUGUGGAGACCUCGAAGCAAACUGCCCCGAGUUACCUGUUCUCAUGCUCUGUGGAGUCAGCAGCCAGGACACACCCUGCAUCAAGAGUUGUGGUGUUCAUGAGAGGCUUGGCCAAAAAGAACACCUCCUUACCCAAGCACUGGGCUUUCUCCUUGCUGAGCUGCUUCCCCAAUGUGGAAUUCCGACCCCUGAACUUGAUAGAGCUCUUUUCUGGAACACCUCUGGCACAGUGGUACUUGUGGCCUCUGCGGCACUGGGAGCCUUAUUUUUUCCCUGUCCUGUCUGACGCCUGCAGGAUUGUCCUCAUGUGGAAAUUUGGUGGCAUUUAUCUGGAUACAGACUUCAUUGUGCUUAGGAACUUACAGAACCUCACCAAUGCCCUCGGGAUUCAGGAUCAUGAUGUACUGAAUGGGGCCUUUCUGUCCUUCACGCCCAAGCACAAGUUCAUGGAGCUCUGCAUGCAGGACUUUGUGCAGGAUUACAAUGGCUGGGUCUGGGGGCACCAGGGCCCAGAGCUCCUAACUCGUGUCUUCAAGAAGUGGUGUCAUAUCCGGACUAUUGAGAGCAUGAGCUGCCAAGGUGUGAGGGCUCUUGCCCCAGAAGUUGUUUAUCCUAUUCCCUGGCAGGGCUGGAAGAAGUUGUUUGAGGCAGUCAGUGCCUCAGAGUUUCACAAACUCCUUCAGAACACCUAUGCAGUGCACGUAUGGAACAAACUGAGCCAUAAGACCAAGUUAGAGAUCCCCUCCCAGGCUCUGCUGGCUCAGCUCUAUUCCCAGUUCUGCCCUGCCACCUAUGCAAAGAUGAAACAGGACUCUGAACAGUUGUCAAGGCGUGCAGUGUGACCUGUGGGCCCUUGGCUGCAGGGAUGUUCCCCAGACUGAAGGAAACAGAGUGCCUUUGACCUUCCCCACAGCUGGUUUCUAGACCCCAGAGCAGGUGUUCUGUGUGACAGCUCUCUGGUUUUGUGCCUAAUGCCCCUGGUAUCUGCCUCACAUCCUCUGUGUUUCAAAUUUACAGCAGAACCUGAGUUCAGCCUCUCUUGCUGUCCUUCGUGAGACCUGUUGCUGCAGGGGAGGUUGAACUUGUUCAUCAGCAUCUCUCAGCUGCUCCUCUCUUGGUGUUUUCCAAUGGCUCCUCCUGUGGAUCCCCGGCUGAGCC